AUGACUGGGCGGCUCCAGGCCCAGCGCGACCGGGACGGCCGCAUCUUCCUGGACAGGGACUCCAGCCUCUUCCGGAGCAUCCUCAACUUCCUGCGGGACCCCACAGCGCCGCCGCCCUCCAGGGACGCCUCGGAGUCGGAGGCCUUGUGCAAGGAGGCGGAGCAUUUGGGGAUCCGCUUCUACCCCUACCCGCUGGUCUACGCCGUGGGCGGCCAUGAUGGCGUGGAUCAUCUCUCCGCCACUGAGGUGCUGGAUGUGGAGAACCAGUGCUGGAGACCCUGCAAGCCCAUGCACACCGAGCGCACGUACUUUGGUGGAGAGGUGCUGCACUCGCGGCUGUACUUGUAUGGUGGCCAGAACCUGGAGUACAAGGCCCUCUGCGAGACGGAGUGCUUCGACUGCCUCCGUGGCUGCUGGAUGUCAGGCCCAGACCUCACAGUGCCCCGCCGCAGCUGUGCCUCCGCAGAGCUGGGGGGCCGCAUCUAC